GCUAAAAUGACCUCAUUCGUUAGAAUUUACUCCUAUUUAAUAUACUAUAAUUUAGAAUUUACUCCUAUUUAAUAUUGAUACAAUAAAUUUGAUUAAAAAAAUCAACAACAUGUUUCUAGUUUCUACUACUUUUUUCUGUUCAAGUGGAACGAAGAGAGAAGUACUAGAGAACAGUACUUUCCAGUUUAGCUUGGUUGGGUUUAUAGCUUUUGAGUGCUUCACAGAACCUUCAUAAAAACACAAACAAGAUCUAAACCUCAAUCAUUGUCUUGUUCUUUUCCUUCUUCCUCACCACUUUCUCUUAAACGACAAUGGUAGUUCAAGACAUGUUUUACUUCAACAAGGACAUUCUAGUUAUAAAGCCUCAGAAGAAAUCACCAUUGUUGUUAAGGAUGUCAUUGUUGAUGUUUUCAAUGGUAUGUGGUGUUUUAAUAUUCUAUGUGUGUUUGAAACAAACAAGCAUCCAUGCUAGGACUAUUCUUCUUGAGUUACAGCAGAUUGAAAUGCCCUCUAGAAGUAGAUUCAACCUAAUUGACAUUCCUUACCUACAUUUCCCAAAUCCUGUGUCUUUUAACAGGAGUGAGUGUGCUCGAAAUCCUGUUCGAUUGUUUGCUAUGUUGACAAAUCAAAGAUCGGGAAGUGGUUGGUUCGAGACCCUUUUGAAUAGCCAUAUGAAUGUAAGUUCACAUGGUGAGAUAUUUUCGGUUCCCGAAAGAAGAGUAAAUGUAUCUACAAUUGUAAAGACUUUAGAUAAAAUUUACAAUUUGGAUUGGCUCAAUAGUGCUUCCAAGAAUGAGUGUUCUGCUGCUAUUGGCUUGAAGUGGAUGCUUAAUCAGGGAUUAAUGGAACACCCUAAGGAAAUAGUAGAAUACUUCAACUGUAGAGGUGUUUCUGUCAUAUUUCUUUUCCGGCGAAACUUGUUACGCCGAAUGGUUUCGACACUUGCCAAUUCCUAUGAUCGUUAUGCUAAGCUAUUGAACGGCACUCACAAGUCUCAUGUUCAUUCUGCCGAAGAGGCUGAUACUCUUUCAAAGUACAAGCCUACCAUAAAUUCUACGUCAUUGCUGGCUGAUCUGAAGGAUAUGGAGAGAAAAGCUGCAACAGCUUUAGAAUACUUCAACACAACACGACAUAUGAUAUUGUACUAUGAGGAUCUUAUUAGAAAUCGAACUAAGCUAAAAGAGGUGCAAGAGUUUUUAGGAUUGCCAGUAAUGGAAUUAACGAGCCGGCAGGUUAAGAUACAUAAAGGACCAUUGUCAGAACAUAUUAAAAACUGGAAUGAAGUUGCCAACACACUCAAAGGAACUGUGUAUGAAAGUUUUCUAGAAGCCGAUUCUUCAUCAUAACAUAACCUCUUGUAAUUCUCAUGAAAGGUGUAAAUAUCAACAACACUGAUUUUGUUCGCUGAAAGAGUUUAAAGUUUUGGUGCCUGCAGGAAUCUUUCACAUUGUUUCUAAUCAACAUUCUGUUGAUUAGAUGAAUGACUUUGGUUUGUUUGUACUAAGUCUCUAGGUUUUUUUUUUUUUUUUGUGCAUUCUUGAAUGACCUUGUAAAUGUCAGCUAAUUUAUUAAUUAGUAAAGUUGAGCAUUGGUUAAUUUAAUUCAAAGGUCUUUUGUGUGCUUUUUAUUUUAUUGUUUAUGUAAUUCAACUUGAUAUGAUUUUGGAAGCCAAGCUAUUGUGUCUAAGAGACUUAGCAACAAACUAGGCAUUUUUCUGUGUAUUUGUUCUUCCCUUGUUUGUUUUUUAGAAUUUUUUUUUUCACAUUAUUCGAUGAAAAAUUAAACUAAAUGUGUAUUUAUUGGUUUGCAUAAAUAUUAUUAUAGUGCUAAUCUAUGUUAGACAUGUUAACUA